UCAAAUAAUCUGCUUGAUCUAGAAACUGUAAAGUUUAAGAAAAAAUAAUGUUUUUCUACCCAGAUGUCCUCCACCGCCACACUGGAUGUUUUUCCACAGUUUGGUUAGCAGCCACCAGAGGUAUCAAGGUCACCCGCAGAGAGCUUCUCAAAGUCAAUGUCAGGCGAACAUGCGGGGACAUUUUGGACUAUGUGACUGCUCAGGUUCCUCCACCACAACCCUCCCUACCGAGGCCUCGCUUCUCCCUCUACCUGUCGUCUCAGCUGCAGUAUGGAGUGGUCGUCGUCUUCCACAGGCAGUGUGGCUUCCUGCUCGAGGAGAUUCAACAGACCAUUGAUCGACUGCUGCGCUCUAAAAGAUGCAUAUAUAUUGACAUGGCUGAGUCUGACAGGUUGGCCUCGGAUGUGCCUGACAGCCUGUACAUGCUGCAGGAGGCUGAGGGAGCGCAGGACCCUUUCUUUGGUCUUAUGGAAUCACAUCAACUGCCCAGCCCCUAUAAAAUACACCAAAAAAUGUGGGUGAAUGAAGAGGCAGGUUCACAGCACACCCUGGUGCCCGGUCCCCACAAUGCACUCGACAUGCAGGGUUUCAGGUCACCUCCGGCUGCCAUCUCCCUGAAAGAGAAGGAGCAGUUUGUCAUCACCCUUGCUGAGUAUUUUGAAGGAGAUGACCUCCCUGAAGCCACAGACAGAGAGAUCGACUUGUUGUUGGAUCAACCAGACCCGUUCCGCAGAGAAGCGGAGGAGCGGCAGACAGACGACAGGACCGGGGAGGACAUGUCCCCUUUUGACCAGCUGAAGGAGACAGUGCUGGGAGCAGAGCGGGACAGUGUGUGGCUGCUCGACGAGGAGUCGGGUCACCCUGCGGAGGUUCCUCUGGCAUCUGUUGCCCCAGAGAUGACCCCUCUGCAGGUUGCCAUGCCAACUCCACCCUCUGGCGCAUCUGGGAAAGAGGGAGCGACAGAAAGUCCCUGUGAAGGGGUGGUUGUUCCUCCUCUUAGGAAGCCCGGUAGAGGCCGCAGGCGUCAGCUGGUCUUUGCGGACCCUGAGGUCCAGAUAUCUGAGAAAGGAAUGAAGGAACAGAUCGUAAACCCGCUGGCCGAGACACUGAACAUGUCAGAGUUCUUGCUGGACUUGCCCUCCUUCACCAAGCGUUCCACUCCUGCUCAGCUCUUCAGCGCCCCCUGUGGAUCCCUCCUCGAUGCUGACCUCCAGUCACUAUGGAAACAGUGUGCCGUGCUCAACGCCCUGCCUGGACAUGAGAGAGGAGAGGAGGCGACAGGGGAGUCAGAGCAGGACAGAGAAAUACUGAGGAUAGAGAGGAAGAGGAGGCACUCGAGCAUGAGAGAGAUGUCCAGUGAGUCAGGACUGCAACCCGCCGACGUCACGUCUGCAUUAGAUCAGAUCCUGGACAUGUCCAAAGAGGACAAAUCCGUAAGCGAUGUGAUCACACCUGUCAGCAGAUGGUCUCCACAUAUGGAGGCCCAGCCACCAAUGGAGCCCAUAGCGGAGGAGAACAUCGAGAUGCCCGAGGCUCAGACUGACACAGAGAGCAGGGACAUGUUGAGCUGGAUCUCCUCCGGCCUGCAGAGGUUUGAAGAAGUCACUUUUGACUCUCUGGUGUCCCGAGAGGCCGACCGCACCACUGCAGCUCACACGCUCUACAAACUGCUGGAGCUGCUGUCUGCUCGACAGGUGACUGUACACCAGACGGAGCCCUACAGUUACAUCACCAUAAACCCUGCAGCCUGAACACAGGAAGUUAAUAAUCUUUUUUUAUUGAUGAACAUAAUGAAUGAAUUUGAUCCUUUGGCUUUUAGUAACUCAUGAUAUCAGAUCAUAAUAACCAUAUCAUUACAUUAAAUGUUUUAAUAUGAAUUGUUAAAUUACUCAAAAGGGUUAAACAUU